AUGACUGAAAACGACAAUGAAUCAAGAAUAAUAUCAUCGAAUGAAACAUAUACUCGAUUGGAUUGAUCUUAUUUUGAACAUUUAAUAAAUGCAAUUAUUUAUGAUAUAUUUCAAUAUCUUGAUGUUUAUCAUGUUUAUGAAGGAUUUUUUUAUCUUAAUCAACGAUUUCAAAAUUUAGUUAAUAGAAAUUUUUUUAUUCAAAUAAAUAUUACAACAAUGUCAAAAUCAAAUCUUGAUCUUUAUCAUAAUAAUAUGAUUAAACCAAAUAAAUAUUGA